CUUCCAUUGCGAUACUUCACGAUUACAGCAUGGCAUUGGAGUACCCACCAGUAUUGGAAAUAGGAGAUCCGCCUGAGCUCUGCAUGAAGGGCUUUACGGAGGAGGACUUCCGUAUUUGUCUACGCGGUGGGCUGUCCGGCGGUUUUCGAUUUCCCAGCACCCUUGGGCUGCUGGGAGUAUUGGCGACCGCAAAGCCGGACACGCUCGAGUCGAUAUUAUCACAAGAGCUGAGAAACUAUCCCGCAGGCCACGGCGUUCCGAAUCGUGCCUGGGAUGUGAGCCACGAUGGAUUCAUCAUUACUGAUGUGGGUUUCCUCCCCGAAAGUAUUUGGUUUCAACCCGAGUCAUCAAUCAGUGUCGGGAGCUCUGGGCUUCAAGGUUCGGGUAACACGAAAACAUUCGGCCGGCUAUUCGAGGUCCGAUUUAUGCCUCCUAUUGUCGUACUCCAGUUAUUGGCGGGUCUUUCCCGCUACUUUGACAUAGAGACUCUUUUGCAUGCAUUGUCAUUUCGAGCCAACACUUCGGGCCGGGUUCGCAUUCCAUGGUCUCCAGCCAUGCAAGUCGAGCGUGAAGUUCAGGGCAAAGUGUGGGCUUCAUUCGCAAUGCGUUACUAUUAUGUCCGCCCUUUCAAACCCUCGGUAUUUCUUGACCAACAAUAUGGAAGGCUUCAUUUCAACAGAAACAAUCUUUUCAUUUGCCGCGGGAGCUCUGUGAUAACCUUGUACGUGGAACCAGACAAGACAAAACCAAACCAAUGGAGAGAUCCUUCAAAACGGCCUUGGAUCAUAUUACUACUAUCAAGUGUAGAGCGCUGGGAAUUUAAUGAUGAAGUCGCGUGGGGAUCGGGAGAGCGCUAUAUUGGGGAGAAUGGCGCCAAAGCCUUUGUGACGACCAUUCAGAACGAAUUAAACGGAGUGCGAAGGGAAAUGACGAACUUGUCAGAGCAAGUGGCUUUUAUAGCGGUACCUACAGAUGCUUUCCUGUUCGACGAAACUUAUCGAAACUCCCUGAUAUUUGAAGACCAGCAGUACUCAAAAUCGACCACGUACUUCUGGGCCCUCCAUACCUUGCGAAUGAUCAACGAAUGCAUCACCAGCCUGAUAACUUCCGUGGAAGAGUACGAUUUUGCGACUCUAUUCCACAUUUUAGGGGUCACACCAGGUCCGGGUGGGGAACUCCCAACUGAUAACCAUAGACUGACAAGGGAUUUACAACUGAUCACCAAAGAGUUAAAGAAGCUGGCGGAGCUGAAAUCACUUAACAAUGCGAGGCAAGAUGAGAUCCGCACCCUCCGCGAUGGUUUAUUCAACGCAUCCACUGUGCGCGAGGCUCGAGACUCGGUCUUCCACGCUCGAACCGCUGUCCUGCAAGGACGCAACAUCCAGCUCUUGACCUACAUGUCCAUGGUGUUCCUUCCUGCGAGCUUCGUCACGUCCUUUUUCGGAAUGGAGAACAUUUUGAAUCCGAAUUUGGGAAUCAAGACUUUCGCGAUCGUUUUUGGAACCGUUUGUGGGUUUACGUAUUUGUGCAUUUUCAUGUCCCGGAGGAGGAGUUUUUGAUGUAUACAUGGUCAAUGAGAAGGAGGGUAGUCUAAUAUUUAUGCAAAG